UUGCCAGGGUUCGCCCCUACCGUUACCAUGUACCAGUCGCGCUCCCCGGCCGAGCCCGCUGGCCAUCUUGGCUAUGCUAGCUAUUACGACGAGGCCUCUCAUAACGAGAAUACUGGUUACGAUGAGACUACUGGCUGUGACGAGGCCGUUAUUUAUGGCGAGGCCACCACUAGUUACAACCAGCCCGCCGACGUCGACAAUACUACUGGCUACGAGGUUUUGAACGAGUACGAUUACAAUUCAUUUUUGUCCAACACCCGGGAUGAGCAGCGUCCGUACGUCGAGGGUAGUCUCCCGAAUCAUGUGGCCAAUCCCGGAUAUCUCGAACACUUCGCCGGCGGAAACCACUUUUCCUACGGACUUAAUGAUCAACCCGAUUACUACUCCCCAGAACUCGUUAUUGGCGAUACCACUGCCACAGGGGAGCCAAUCCCAACGCUGUUCAUCCCGCCUCCUCAGCAACAGACCAGCCCGAGUCUCGAGCAGUAUGCGAACCAAGUGAGGGACGAUCCGCGAUACCAGCAGUCUCACCACACAUCGCCUUGGGAUCCCGAGGGCGCCACGGCAUCCCAGGCGACCCUCACACCGGAUUAUCCCUACGAUGACCCCUACCAUUCGCGCCCAACCAGUACCGCCACACGCAGCCAGAACGACGGGAACGCGCUCCGCGUCCUAGGUUAUCUGGCACCCUCGAACGAGGAUGCCGCGAGCACUCGCAGUGGCUACACGGAUGCCUCGACUUCUUGUAGCACCUGCGGGAGGGAAUUCAACAACCCAAGACAGAUGCGGCGCCACCAGAGCGAGGUUCACCGCGACACCAACGCCCCGCAAUACGUUUGCAAAUGCGCGUACCGGGCGACGCGCAAGAGUAACUACACGCGACACUUGGAUAAGAGCUGUCGAAGGAAAUACGACCCUGACUUGGUUUUCGUCUGCAUUUGCCAGGAGCCCUCGAACGACUUUGACAACCAUUCCGAGCACAUCAAGGAUUGCGGACGACAGCCGGCAGGACGCCGGCCUAACAAUGCUCGUCGGGUCUAA